AUUUAGCCUCACUCUAUAGACUGCAGUCUGCAAACUGCUGUCGAUCUCCAGUUCUCUAAUUUGUUUCACAAACCCUUCUAAAACCCUAACACUUAAACACACUCCAAAAUGCCCGGCGUCGCCUCCGGCUCUGGUGGAGGUGGCGCGUCAGAUUCAAUCAGCGGUGCGUUAGUCCCCUUUCUGCCGGACUCUCAGGUUGCCGUAGUUUACCCACUCCGCCACGGCCUCAAGCCCCCAGUCUCCCGUGUAUCUAUCUCUUGGGCUCGAGGCAACACAUUAAAAGUCUCAGUUUUCCGUCAACCGUCGUCUGACGCCGAUUCCGACGAGCUUGGGGGGAAAGUAGUGGAAGUGAGCUUAGGCGGCAAUGGAGAUGGAGAGCUAAACGACGCGCAGUGGCGAAGGAUCUCUUAUGGCUCUGUUGCUCCUUUCGCACUUCUUCAUAGUCGUAGAAAUUCUGUUUCGAGCUUGUCAAACAUGCAAUUAAGUCCGUCUCCUUAUCAUCUUGAGUGGUGGGAGUACGUAAUGGAAUAUAGCAAGGACAUAGGUUCACUUCUUGUUAAUCCAAAGUCACUGGUUAGUCCAGUUAUUGAAGACCCAAAGGAAGUUUUGAAGAAAGGUGAGGAACCAACUUGUUUAAAGGCAGCAUGGGAUCUGAUGGAGAUGUUCUAUGCAGACAAGUUGUCCCAAGCAUGGCUUCCUGAGCGUCUUGUUGAUUGGUUGGCUGAUUAUGAUAGCCUCCUAUCAAGUACACAGGCCACCGUACAUUUGAAACUUUUGCAGUUUCAGGAAAGACUUGUCACCUUACAGGUGGUUGAGGAUGAUUCUAAAUAUUGGGAGGUGAUAUCAUCGGUACUUGCAGUUGGUUGGCUAGAUAUUGCAGUGAAGAUGUUGCGGUUGCAUGGAUCUUAUCGACUGGAUCAGCUCAGCAACAGAGAGACAGAGAAUGGUCUUGUAGAGGCUGUUGCUGUUCUUAUUUCAAAGAUGCCACGCAUGCGAUUGGAAUUAGGAGCUGGGAAAUUGGGUGAAUGCUUUAAAGCGAAGCCUGAUUUUAUGAAGGCAUGGGAGAGGUGGCGAGCACAAGUAACUAAGCUGGAGUCCAGUUCAUUCUGGAUUCAGUGUGAUCACCGUCAGACUCGAGAGGGCUUGAAAAACAUGCUUCAGAUAAUGCUGGGAAAUAAUACUAUUCUCUCAACUGCAACUUGUAAUUGGAUGGAGCUGUUUAUAUCUCACGUUCUAUACAUAAGGCCAUUCACUGUAGGCUUAGAAAGCAUGUACAGCCUAGCUCAAAAAUGCAUUCAGUUAAAGCCAAUGUCCAGUCCACAUAAAUUGAUGCAGCUUGUAAUUGGAAUUCUUGGGGAAAAUACAGAGGCUAUAUUGGCAGAAUGCUCAAGAGGGUUUGGACCUUGGAUGGUAGCUCAUGCCAUAGAAUUUUUGACUGCUGGGAGCAAUCAAGCAGAAAUUAUUUUACGUGAGGAGCGUGAUAACUUGGGUGGAAUCAGUAUAGAGGAGCUCCAUCGACUUGUUUAUGCUCAAGUGCUAUCUUCUCAUAUUUUAACUUGGCAAAUUGCUCCAAUUUAUUUGAUAUCGUGCAUGAAGCAGGGAAUGGGAUUAUUAGAGAUUUUAUUUUACAGGCAGCCUGUUCAACAUAAUCAAUUACUGGUGAAGAAUUUGGAGAUUUGCCGUCUAUAUGACCUUGACAGUGUCAGCUCAAAAAUUAUGAAGAUUGCAGGAAUAUACCAUUGGAAACAUGGUAGGAAAGGUUCUGGAGUUUUUUGGCUUCAGCAAGCUCGGGAUGAAGUUUGCCUUAACAGAAUUGCUCAGCAGUUGUUUGAUUCUGUUGGGAAGUCAAUCUCUGAUGAAUGUUUCAAGCAAUGGGAAGGUUUAAUUGAACUGCUGGGUUCAGAAUCUAAGAAUGCCGGGGGUCUUGAGUUCCUUCACAAGUAUAGGGAUUUUAAGAGAUCCCUUAAGCAGGUUUCUGACGGAAAAACUACAGAUGCUGCUCAGCAAGCUGUGGAAUCACUGAUGUCGCUUAUGAAGAACCCUUCUACGCCUCAACGUUUCUGGCUGCCUCUUCUCCACGAUUCGUUGAAACUGCUUAACUGGCAGGAGCGACCUUUGCUAAAUGUCUCUCAAACAAACCUUCUGUUGAAUAAACUGCAAGAGUUAUCGAUGGCAAGACUGCGCCCAGACUUUGUUGAAGCUGAGUUGCCGCCCCAGGCCUUGGGCUCUGUUAGACUAGCUCUUGCUACAAAUCUUGGACGUGCCAUCCUAGAAGAAUCAUGAUACUCUGGCUUUUGGCAUUGUUUGAUACCAUUAAUAUUCAAAUGCUAUGGCAGCCAUAAUCACACUCAUUUCAAAGAAAUGUUUAGCUGAUGAAUUCCUGGAGGACUGCAUCAUUGUAUAAAAAUUUCACACAGCUGAUUGUUCAUGGAACGGAUAUGUUUCGGUGGUUGGGUUUAUUGUUCUAAAAAUUACAGUAAUUGUUCAACUUGAAGACUUAACAUCUCGGAAGGUGGCAGAAGUAGCAAGAUGCCUAUUCAAGGAUUUACAGACGAGAUCUGCAGCCGGAGUUUGAUACAUCUAUUACCUCUUUGUUCAGUGCUGUUCAAAAUUUGGUUCAUGAGAAGGAAAUGUUAUUGUUGGAACUGAGUUGUAUAUUCUAGUGGUUGAAGAAUUGCUAAAAGAUAUUCUUUUCAAAUUUUGUUAUUUUUAUUCCGUAAGUCUCUACUUGAGGAUUCAUUUCUAGGCAUUAA